AUGAACAAAACACAGGUUAACAAUAAGAACAAAACACAGGUUAACAAUAAGAACAAAACACAGGUUAACAAUAAGAACAAAACACAGGUUAACAAUAAGAUCAAAACACAGGUUAACAAUAAGAACAAAACACAGGUUAACAAUAAGAACAAAACACAGGUUAACAAUAAGAACAAAACACAGGUUAACAAUAAGAACAAAACACAGGUUAACAAUAAGAACAAAACACAGGUUAACAAUAAGAUCAAAACACAGGUUAACAAUAAGAACAAAACACAGGUUAACAAUAAGAACAAAACACAGGUUAACAAUAAGAACAAAACACAGGUUAACAAUAAGAACAAAACACAGGUUAACAAUAAGAACAAAACACAGGUUAACAAUAAGAACAAAACACAGGUUAACAAUAAGAACAAAACACAGGUUAACAAUAAGAACAAAACACAGGUUAACAAUAAGAACAAAACACAGGUUAACAAUAAGAACAUAACACAGGUUAACAAUAAGAACAAAACACAGGUUAACAAUAAGAACAAAACACAGGUUAACAAUAAGAACAUAACACAGGUUAACAAUAAGAACAAAACACAGGUUAACAAUAAGAACAAAACACAGGUUAACAAUAAGAACAAAACACAGGUUAACAAUAAGAACAAAACACAGGUUAACAAUAAGAACAAAACACAGGUUAACAAGAAAGAUGACAAGAGCGGAGGAAUAUUGGUUACUUAA